AUGACGAACGGACUAAGUGGUAAUCAGGAUUUAAAUCACUACAACGACCAAACCAUCACGACAGAGAUUAGACCACCCUGGAAUAAAACUUCUCCAAGUACGCGACAUACUCCACCCGUCACACGCAAUCGAGGAAGCCAACAAGGCUCACCUUCUCAACGAGGAUCACCGUCCAUUCGUGGGUCAUCAUCUCGUGGAUCUCGUGGCCGAGGCAACACUCGAGCUGGUGCGAAAUCAGCACCACCAGGAAUACCAACUAGUCAGCAAGGUGAACGUUCACCUACACUCUCGGUUGUUAAUCAAAACAAUCCAGUCGGCAAUCUACACGAUCAAAGCCCACCUUUUGCCGACAAUGAUCAGACCAUGAGACGAGACCCAGAGAAUCUGUUCUCCUCAACACCUGUUGAUCAUAGACAACCUCCUCCUCAUCCUCACUUGACUCGGACUCUUCACCCGCAGCCAGUGAGACCCCACCCUUUAUCGUUUGAUAACUCUAUUGGCAAAUCUGCCGAUCAAGUUGUACAUACCAGAUCCGACAUCCAGCUCCGAUUACAACGUCUCAACAAACUCGCUCCCACUGUUGAGAACUUUACCAAGACGAUGGCAAAAUUGGAUAGUGAUGCAACCAAUUUCCAUACUUGGUUAGAGGAAGCAAAUGCCAAUAUUUAUUUUUUGAUUGGCAAGGCAGACUACCUUAACACUCCUUCAAACCCUUCAAAUCAACUUCAUCCUGACAUUGAUCACGCUGAAAACACCAUAGUGUAUCGUGUAGUUUAUUACUCCGUAACGACAGAUCUACGAACGGUAAUACGCCGUGAACAGCAAUCGUUCCUUGCUCACGACGCAUAUCUCACUUUGUCCAAUCAAUUUAACAAGGCAGGACGGUUGUCUCAACUAGCUACCUGGCAAUCCAUGAUGAGUUCCCAAAUGGACAUAUUCAAGACUUCACUCUCUGAACAUCUUGAAUCUUUGGAUCGCUUGGUUGACACCCUAGAUCAAGACGGUUUUGUUUGGACAAGAGACUCAGUUAUGAGCUUGAUUUAUCAAGCCUCAAUGCCUGACAAGCCAGAAUUGAACUUUGACACCACUAACACAACUCUUGACUUGCGCUGGUCCUACGACAAACGCCCUUCAAGAGAUGCUCAUAAAUCAAAAAUAUCCGCCACUCGAGUUCAUUUUAAUGAAGACACCGACGAAUUCCCAAUUGAUCAACUCAAGAACUCAAAUGUAUAUCUUUCCGCUGAAGGUGGCAUUCAAACUAUGUCACUCAGCAUCGAUCCAGCAUCAUUACCAGAUGCUGAUCAAGAAAGAACGAUGAUUGGCCAACUUCGACAUGAAGAAGGCUCCGGUUGA